AUAUGCUAUCAACCGAUUUAAAAAUAACUAUUCAUUUUGUUAUACAUGUUCUUUGCUGGACCAAGCCUUCACUGUGGGUUCCCUAAACCAGCAUUGACUGCACUAUAUAAAUGCAAUCGCCAAGAACAUAAUUAUAUGAAAUUGACAGAGUGGACAAAUCCAUGGAUAUAUUUGGAGCAAACAUGUUGUGGAUCAAAGUGCCGCAGAAAAUCAAAUAAAGACAUUUCAUCACGUGAAUAAUCAUAGCGUCACGUGACAGUGUGUUUAGUCAUGGCGGACGACUGCAGACGACAGGGGUUUGAGCUGGAGAGAAGGAUUUUUGAGUUGGACAAUAAGUGCGCCAGUCUCAGAUCUGAGAAACAAGAUGAUGACUAUUUACAGAAUGCUUCUGCGAUACUAGACAAGUUGAAAAGCUUUUACAGACAAGGGGGAGAGAGUAGCAGUCUGCCUAAACUGCUUCAGGAUUACACUCAGGUGAUCCUGGACAUCACGUUCUAUGAGGAGAACAAGCUGGUGGACCAGGAGUUCCCAGAGGACUGCUCGCCCUUUAAGAUCCAACAGCUGCUGCAGGACCUCACAGAGCCAGAGGUGUUGGCAGGGAGGCUGGCACCGGCCCAAGAGGUGCAGUCAGUCUUGGGGCUAGAGGUGUUGGAGUGCCUCUACUGGAGACGUGGAGCACUGCUCUACAUGUACUGUCACACCCUCCACCAACGCAAGCAGUGGAUCAAGAAGAACAAGGCCACUUUCCUCAAGUGUCUUCAGGAGGGUGUACGCUACCUGAUGAGGAUGCUGCAGGUGAGGAACUCUGUGAAGCUCAACGACGGGGUGGUGUUUCAUGACUCUGCUACUGCCAACUUCCUGGCUGAAGGCAUCUUUUCAGACACCCACCUGUUGACGAUGAUGUACAUCGGGGAGAUGUGUUUCUGGGCAGUGAAGUACGAGGACUGCAGCGUUGAUUCCACAGAACGCAAAGAGGACCGACUCCACUUCCGGGACAUUGGGACACAGAUCCUGCACAAAUACGUGCUGGCCUGUGAGGGCCCUCUUCAGGGCCAGGGCUGGAACACUGAGAAUGCCAAGGAGAUCCUUAGUAUCUUACAGUGAAAUGGGGAGGGCUCUGUGUACAAGUUGCCCAUAGGGACUGAUAUGGGAUCAGAUGAUCAAACCCCAAAUUGUAAUGCUAAGCAUUAAGAGAGGGGGAAUCUGACCUUAGAUCAGUUUCUAGGAGCAACUUUUUCCCGUUCUGAAAGGCUCCGGCCGACAGGUUGGGGCAAGGGUAUGGAGGGGUGUUAAUUAAAUUUUAUUCUCUCUGUCUCCUGAAAGAAGCACUUAUCUUCUAGAUUCUGGACUGUUGGACAGGCAUGUGUUAUGCUCUGAGAAUGUGGUAGAAUAAUAAUAUUAAAAGAUUAAGAAAAUAACACAUUGUUACAAAAAAUAAAACAAAGAUCGUUUGAAGAUUAAUGAUAAUCCACCUGGUAAUGAGACAUCGCACAGCAACUGUUUUUAUUUAUUUGUUUUUAAUGAUGUUGUUUUUUUAAAUUAAUUGCAUUUAUAUAAAUAUAUAUUAAAAAAGUUAAGGUGGGGAAUACACAGAGUUGGAGACUGAUGGAUUCAUGAACAUUUUCGAGUAUGUACAGUUUUGUUUAAGAUAUCAGCUUUGUAAUAUGCGACUUCUUUUUCUCACUUAUAAAACAUAAUUUUUUUGCCCACACUUUGACAAGGAGUAAUGUCCCAGUGAUGGAAACUUUGAUAUUUUGAUAGUAUGCAUUUAAAUGGAGAAUCUCUGUGUUGUUCGUUUUGAAGGAAAAUGUUUUUCAUUUAAUUUUAUGUCGUCGUUGAAAAUAAAUACUGUGUUGGUUUCAAAA